AUGGAUGGUCGCAGUUUGACAGUGUUUGCUGCUGCAGCAGCGAUUGGGGCAAGUUUUUAUGUAUUUUUAACUCCUGAUGGAAAGAAAAAGAAGGGAGUCAAAAGAGGUAAGUGUAAGAUUGUUUGACAGUCCUGCGUUGCCCCUCUGAGUGAUGCUGCCUCAACUUUGAUGAGAGACAACAGGCUCACAGUUUCAUUUGAAAACACCUCUCAUCAUCAUCUCUUCAGCCUCGCCUUUGCAUGCGGUUUUGUAGACUUUUUGAAAAUGAAGGCCAUUAUAUAUUAUUAUUCAUUCAAAAUAUUUCUCCGUUUUUGACUGAUUUUUAUCCCCUGGCUAAUUCUUCAUAACCAGCCGGCGCUGACCAAAUUUAGAAGAUGCUUAGAUUGUAAUACAUGUAUAGCAUCAUUGAUGAGAUCAAUUAUUCAGACGUCAAUGAUCAUAUAUUGCAAAUUAUCCACAAUUGUCAUCAUGCAAGACGGGUGCAGCAGUGUAGCAGUUUUGGCAUGUGCACAGAACUCCAAAAAAUACAGAAAUAUAUCACAGUCAUAUAUAAUCACCAAAUAUUUAUGAUAUAUAUCUAAUUAUUAGUUAAUUUAAUUUUACUUUAAGUCUUAUUUUGAAACUCAGAAAACUGUUAACACCAGCCUAAUCCCAAGAUGUUCUCUCUUGCAUCAUUUUCCGUUCAAAGUCUCGGAAACAGUGGGUGAGAGGAUGUUCUCGACAAGCCCCUCUCACAGGUCAUGGUAAAGUCCAGUUUUGACCUAGCUGAGAUUUUUUAGGGGCUAGGCUACACGAAGACCAGAAAUAUUUCUGCAAUGUCAUCGUAUUGAAAGGAAAAAGUCAAUCAGGCAAGAGAUGAACUAAUCUGCAAAUAACAACAGUAAUCAGUUUUUGGUUUUGUAUGUUCUGAUCUCUGUUGUGAAUUGUCACAAAACAAUAGAUGUUCCAGAAAUCUUUCAUGUAUUCAUGGUUUUCUGAGUUUGACAGUGGAAGAACAAAGACUUGUGUAUUGUUAUAUGAGAGAGUAUGGAUAUUUUUUUGGAAAAACACAUAUAUAAAUUUUUGUUGGUGAAUAAUAUUGUAGUGUACAUCCGGGACUUCCCCAGCGCGGGAAGUCUGGGAUCAUGUGACUAGUUGAAGUAGUGUUUCUGUAGUGUAGCGGGCGAACGAAGUAGUGCUCACGUUUGACAAGACUAUUAGCCUCGGUGGCGCAUUAGCAAUACUACAUUGGCGACGAGGAUGGUUCCAAUGAGUGAAAAGGCCUUACUGCCGUUGGAUUUGACCGGUCCUGCUUCACGAGUGGCGGAGCGAUGGCGUAAAUGGAAGCGUGCGUUUGAAUACUUUGCCGAAGGAAAGGGCAUCGAUAAUGUUCGUAAGAAGACCUCAUUACUCUUACAUUUUGCUGGUAUGGAUGUACAGGAUAUCUUUGAAGAUUUACAAGAUCCUGGUCCUAUUCCGGAGAGUGGUGACAAUGUUUACAAAAUCGCUAUUCGCAAAUUGGAUUCUUACUUUCGAGCGACAUGGAUGCCUGAGAGACCGUGGCAGGACCUAGCGUUGGACCUACUGGGCCCUAUGCCAACAGGAGAGUCUUUGCUGGUCCUAGUGGAUUAUUUUAGCCGAUGGGUGGAGGUUGACGUCAUUAAGUCCACCAGUUCAGAAGCGAUAAUUAAGUGUUUAGACAGACAGUUCUCUAGAUAUGGAGUACCGAGUACCUUGAGAUCAGACAACGGACCCAACCUUGUGUCUGCUGAAAUGGAGGAGUAUCUGGAUAAGAUGGGCAUUAAGCACAGGCUGACCACCCCACUAUGGCCGAGAGCAAAUGGAGAGGUUGAACGGCAAAAUCGUUCUCUUUUGAAAGCAAUGAGAGUUGCGCAUGCUGAGGGAAGAGACUGGAGGUUGGAGUUGAACAAGUUCCUCCUGGCAUACCGCUCCACCCCGCACACAACUACCGGCAGGAGUCCCGCUGAGUUACUUAAUGGGAGGAAAAUGUCUACUAAAUUGCCAGAGGUUGCUGAUUUGGAGGAGUCUGAAGAGCUGGGAUAUCAGCAAACCAGAGAUCGUGAUGCGGAAAAGAAGCAGAUAGGUGCAGAUUAUGCUGACAAGAGACACCAUGCAGCAGAGAAGUGUGUACAGGAGGGAGACCUUGUGUUGCUGGAGAAGAGGAAGGAGAAUAAGCUGUCUUCACACUAUGAAAAAGAGCCAUACCAAGUAACGGCUCGCUAUGGGGAUCAGGUCCAGCUGAAGUCACCCCAAGGCGCAGAGUACAGGCGUAAUGUUCAACAUGUCAAGCGAUUUGUGAUUCCGGACAGAGAGCCCCAGGAGCAGCAGCCUGCAGGUCCUGUAGCAGUACCUAAUGAGCACGCACUAGGACAAGAAACCACACCCAGUUUGGAGACAGAAGGAGGGGCUAGUCCAGCUGAUGGUCCAAAUCAGGAGCAGCUGUUACCAAGGCGAUCAGGGCGAGUGACCCGACCCCCCGAGAGACUUAGUGACUAUGUUACCACCUGAGGGGGACAGUUACUUUGCUAUGACAGUGGCAGCUUUGAUAAGGCUGUGCCUACGGAAGUGUUAAUUUGUAUCAAUUGUACCUUUAAAAGACACUGUUGACAUUUUCAUGUUACUUAAUAGUAGUGAGACUUUGCAAGUGAAGAGAGGGAGGGAUGUAGUGUACAUCCGGGACUUCCCCAGCGCGGGAAGUCUGGGAUCAUGUGACUAGUUAAAGUAGUGUUUCUGUAGUGUAGCGGGCGAACGAAGUAGUGCUCACGUUUGACAAGACUAUUAGCCUCGGUGGCGCAUUAGCAAUACUACAUGAAUGUGUACAUGUAAAUAAUGUUCCAUUAAAUUCCAAUUCACAUCUUCGCCCGCAUUUCCUAGCCAAUGGCUACUGCUGGUAUGUUUUUUAAUAAAUUUGGUCAAUUUCUCCAGUAUGUUGGCAGUCUAGAUGGUCAAAUUAAUACCCCACUAGCUUGCACUUUAAAAAGUGUUAAUACAUAAUCAGUUCAGAUGAAAUUUGUUCAAUGUUAUUGUUGUUUUUCUUAUCAUCAGAUCACCCUCCUGGCCUGGUGAAUCUUGGUAACACUUGUUUCAUGAACUCCAUUUUACAGGUUUGUACUUGUAUUGCUAUAAUUUAUGUAAUGUUUAAAAUGCAAACAGAAAAUUUGAGUGCAAUUUUGCAAUUUAAGGCUACUCCUUUUGAAACAUUGUGCGGGGCAGCCUACAAUAUUUCUAUGUUGUUGUGAAUUUAAUGGCAGUAAGUCCUCUUUGCAAGAUCUUUCCAAGAGAAGUUUUGGAUAGUUUGGCACACACUCUACAUUAUGAGUCUUUUCUCACACAAACCAGUAAUAAUGCUUUGUGUUAUUUUUUACAGCAUAUGCGAGGACCUGAUUUACUUAAAAGAUGCUUGGCUUUUUUUUUCCAUUUUUAGGGCCUCGCAUUCUUGCCGUCCUUUGCAGCAUGGUUACAAGAUAUUUCUGAUGAAGGAGAUGGAAAUUCUCUGACAUCUUUGGCUAUGGAACUGAAGAAAAUAAUGAAAAGUAUGUGGCUGUUUAUCAACCAUAUUUGAUCCCACCACAGCCCCUUGAUCCUCAUUCAAUAUAAAGCUGUACAGUCAUUUGUUUCUUUCAGUGCAACCACUACCCUUUGCAGUGAGCACUGGUAGAAUAGAUCAGCCUGUUGAGUUUAUCACCUUGUGGGUGUCAGUUUUGUGGUGAAUUAAGUUCCAAGUUUACUCAAAACGUUUUCUAGGACCAACCUAAUCUCAUACCCAGAUCUCAGCCAAGCAAAAGUCUGAGUGAGAUCUGGGCAUGAGAUUAAGACCAAACCAAGCACUGACCAGUUACUACAUUUGAGAGAACUUUCUAAUUUGUUUUAGUUUUCUCUUUCAUGUUCCAGCUUUGAAUAAUGGUUGUAUGGAAGGUGAAGAUGUCAUUUGUCCAGAUUCUGUGUUAAAAGCCCUAAGCUCCCAUGGCUGGAUCAUACCUAGUGAACAACAAGUUAGUAAAAACAUAGUUACCAUUUCAAAAAGAGCAAUUCCACUGACUCAGAGGUGCAGUGCCUCUAAAUGAGCACUGCACAUAUACUGGUAUUUGCUGUCCGUGAUUACAGUGGAUGAUGAUGAUGAUGAUGAGGAGGAGGAUGAUGGUGGUGAUGGUGAUGGUGAUGAUUUCAGUGAUGAUUGUGAUAAUGGAUUGGUAAUAGAGAUUGUUAUGAUGGAGUUGGCAAUUGAUGGCAGUGGUGUUGGUGAUGAGAAGUGAUGGUGAGGAUGUUUAUUUAUUAGUGACAGAGGACAAUGAUGCUUAUGCUGGUGUCGAUAGUGACUGAAUGAUUGUGACGAUCGAUGAUGUAUAUGACUUCUGAUGAAUAUGUUGACAAUGAUGGUGAUAGUUAAUUGAUGAUAAUCUGAUUAUUGACAGUCCCAAUAAUAUUUUUUGAUGAUUUAAGGUUGAGGAUGAUGAUUUUAUUGAUAAUGAUAAUGAUGAUAAUGAUUGAUAGCAGUGUUGUUGAUGAUGAUAGUGAUACAGCAGAAUGUUGAUGAUUAUUUAUGGUGAUGAUGACUAGAAUAUGAUGAUUUAUGAUGGUAAUGAUUUAAGAUUGUUGAGGAUGUCGUUAUUGACAAUAACUAAAUGGUCUGCUGGUGAUUGAUAAUAUUGAUUACUAUUCGUGAUGAUAAUGAUGGUGAUGAUGAUGAUGACAAUGAUAAUAAAUGAUGUGAUGAUGAUCAGUGAUUUUGUUACAAAUAGUUAUGGUGAGUCCUGGGACUCAUCCUGUCAAAGAUUGUGAGUCCCAGUCCAGAACCAUUGAGUCUGAGUUCAAAAAACAAUGAAUCCCUGAUCAUUAUCAAAUCAUUGAUAUUUGAAAUGAUUAUGAUGGUAAGUCAAUGUGAUAAUCACAUUUCAUUGAUGAUAUGAUAACAAUGAUGAUGAUGAUGAUGAUGACUGUAAAAAAAUUCAUCAUCCCUUCCAAGUAAUACUGCGGCUGAAAAAGUUCAGUAUUACUUGAAAUUUAGAUCCUUGAAUAUUUACUGCUGAAAAUUGUUAAAUCUAAACAUCAUCUCACCUAAUAUCAUUUUUUACAGGAUGCUCAUGAAUUCUUUCAUGCCCUCUCAUCUACUCUGGACGAUGAAAUGGUGAGAAGAGUGAUUAUUGUUAUUUAAAUUAUUCUGUAACUUUGUUUCUUUUUAAAGAAAUAUUGGAAAAACUAAUAAAAGAUCCAUUUUUUGGUUCUGUUUUUCAAAGGUUGUUCAAGUAAUUUCUGUAAGGUUUUGGUCUUCUUAGUUUGCUUAGUUUUGCUUAGUUCUGCUUUGUUUUUUGUUUCCUGCAGGGAGAACUUCCUGGUGUCAUGAAUCUCAGUGAUGUUGCAAUUGUAGAGGUACCAGUGGCUCAAUUUUUCAAAGUUAAAGAUACAAUGAGCCUUUUUACAAACAUGUUUUCUUCCUUUUUUGACAAAUUUUGAGAGUGCACAUGCACAUGCACUCACUCUGUUGAAAACUAAUGAAGAUGUUUGUAUGGUGGGGGCAAGUUCAUGCCCCCACCAUAUCAACAUCUGUAAAAAUUGGCAUCAUUGUGGAGUGAUAUCUUCACUCGCUGUGGAUCACCUUUAACCCUUUCACUGCCAAAUUUAGCCAAAGGCAAAUUUCGAUCAGAUUUCCAAAUUUCAUUUUGUAAAAUUUUGAAAAACAAAUAGUACCAUGUGUAAGUACAGGCAGAGAGCUUUCAUCUGAAUGGUCACAUCAUAGAAUUUCGUCCGAAGACUCAAAAGUUAGAGCCACCUUACAAAUUCCUUCAAACACUCUGACAGUUUCCUAAUUUUAAGGCAAUGUUUCCAGCAGUGUUGAUGAUUUUUGCCAGGUGGUCUUGAUCAAAAGGAUCAAUAAGGUUUCUGGGAAACUGCCCACCUACCGCCCCCUCGCUUCCACCCCUCCCCCUCCCUGACUAAGCAAUCAUUUUGCCCCAAGUGAGAAGUAAGUGUUAAUGUCAGCUUAGGGGAGGGGUAGGUGGGUACUUUCCAAGAAACCUAAAUUGAUCCGAUCAAAACAAUGAAAAAACCAUGUAAGGGUUCAUUGCCAAUAGCAAAAGCUAAUUGUGGCUUUGGGUGGUCAGUCAUUCCCCUGCAUUUUUGUAUCUUCAUGGUUGAAAAACUAUAGUGUCUGUGAACAGGAUACAAUAAAUUACAUAAAAAGGAAGAAAAAUGACAAGAAAUGUUGAUGUUUUCUUCCUGAAACCUGUUUGAAUGUCAAGGGAAUUACAUUCACCUCUAUUCAUCUGAGUAUCUAAUUUUUUUGCAGAAGAAUGAUGUCAAUGAAGACAAAUCAAUGGUACACAGAAACAAAGGUGCUCACUUGAUAUGGAUGGAAGUAAUUUAGAUAAACUUCUCAAAGUCUCUUCUGUGCUCACAUGCAUAAGUACAAACAUUAAUGGCUGUUUACAUGGAGGUGGGGGACCCCAGGUACGGAAGGUAACUUGCUUAGGUGAGGUAACACGCCUGUCCAUAUAAUCUCUCAUUUUAAUUUGAUCACAUUUAUAUGAUAGGUGAGGUGACCUGCCACAUGUUACCUCAUGUAUCUGGGGUCCCCUACCUCCAUGUAAACAGGCCUUAAGUGAGUUAUAUCUUUAACUGAAAAAAUGUAAAUACGCAUCUCAGAUUAAUACGUAUAGGUUAAUAAAAUAAAAAUUAUUAAUUGUGAAGUGAAAAUAAUUGUGUCACCCCUCCUUAGAUUUCUGUUAAACUGUUGACUUUGAGUGCAUUCUUUUUGUAGUUCCUCUAAGAAGAGACUGUAACAAGCCUCAUUUGCCAUUCCAUGGUUUAUUAGCAAGUCAGUUGGUGUGUAAACAAUGUGGAACAAAGGUAGGUUGACACAAACAGGAGUCCGUAACCCAGAGUGAACAACUUCCAUGUACUCCUUUCAAAGGUCGAAACUGAUUAUCUUGAGAACUACUUUGGCACAAAUUUUGACUAUCUUUUAAGUGCGACAAACCAGUCAGAAAAACCUACAGACCUAAAAUGGCAUUUUGACCUUCUUAUGACGAUUAGUUUUCUUUUGGUAGCUUAUACUUCAAAUGCAAACAGACCAAGUGGAGCUUUCAUUUUAGCAGGAUUAAGCAUUCUUAAAUGUAUCUAAAGGUAAAGCGGUCCGUGAAAAUGCCAUGUAAUAUGCCUGCUAUGGAAGUUGCUAGCUCCAGAGUAUGGGCCCUUGACACAAACAUACAUGUAAGAGGUGAAGGAGACAUGACUACACUCCCCCUCUUCAACCCCCCAUCUUACUUUUCACAGCACAGUCAACUCUAAAGGUGGUUCUCUGUCUACCAUGUGUCGUCCUUGUCAGAUUUGAUUCUGGAAAUUGCUAGGCGAGAAAUAUCAGGGAGAAAGAAGAACUUUCUGUUGUUAAAAAUUAUUGCUAAGCUUUGUGUUUGUAAAGCAAAUCAUGAAGGUGUUUUUACCUGAUAUUAGAUUAAAGCUUUUGGGACAUAAAUUGAGCUCUAAUUUGUAGAGGUGUGAAGAUCAGCAUGUUGAAAAUUUCCUCUUUUGGUCAUUUUAUGCAAAGAUAAUUGAGUUGUCCAAAUGCUAUUGGCUGCAACUCAUGUAUGACAAUUGGCCUUGCAAUAAAAGCUGUGAGGUCUACCAGUACUGAAACAGACGAUAACUGAAUGAGUCAACACCAGCAAUAAAACAAUGUGUUCCUGAACGAAAUACGAAUCUUUUUUACGUUUAGAUCCUGUUUGGUAGUAUGGCUCCUCUCUCUCUCAACCAUGGAGCUUAAUUCUCCCAUCAGAAAAAAAAAAAAUGUUACAAAAUGUUGAUUUUCAAGGAGAUACCAUGUGAUGGCUGUGGUUUUUGAAUAAAUGUAAACACAAGCCCGAGUAUCUGAGAGAAAAAAAACAUAGCCUGUUCCAAGGUUCUAGAUAGUAGAGGUGUUGUGUUAGUAAAAGGCACUUGAAAAUAUGAGCCUGUGAUCUGGGAAAAGGGGACGUGUUCAUGCUUUCUCAAUUUUGCGGACCUAACUAUCUCGGAGCCUGAAACAGACUAAAAAAACUUGGCAUUGGGUCCAGAAUUCAAAUUGGGCCACAUGGGUGGGACAGAGUGUUGUCACCACAUCUCCACCCAUGCUCACUCCCCAAAGAAGACAGAGAGGGAUCUGUUGUAAGGGGAAUGUCUAACCUUUGUUUCUUGUAUCAUGCAGUGUCCAGUCAAGUUUGAUAGCUAUGACAGUUUAUCACUCAGUUUACCAUCAACAUUUCAGGUAUGUUUUCAAUUUGGUUUACUAAAUGCACUUUUUCUUGUAACUUUCUUUGACCAUCCGAGUCAAAUAAUUAAUAAAAUAUGCACUUUGCAAGUGACUUUUGAAGUACAUGAAGGGUAUUGUUUAUCGUGGAUUACUAUGUGUAUGAAGGGUCUCCUUUAUCGUUUAUCUCAAGAUCGUUACUUAGAUAUUGAUCACAACGUUUCAAGCACGAACUGCAGGUCUUCAUCAGGCGAUAGUGUCAAUUUCCUUAGUAGGACUAUUUGUACCGACUAUUUGCACCAAACUUACAUGAAAAGAGUAAACUUGCCCUCAACAAACUUUCUAGCCUGUGUAGCGGACGUCGCAAGGGGGUAGGGGAUAGGGAGAAAGGCUACAAACUCUCCCAUGGAAAACCUCCCUCCUAGACACUGAUUGAUGGCCUUUAUCAAAUUACGCUCUUAUAGAACGAGAAAGAUACACAUUUUUUUCACGCCACACUUAAAGAACUCAUUUCCCACGAAAGAGAGUUCAGAGUGAGUUAGUUGACGGUGAGUUUGCCAAUGGGCGACUUAUAAAGAGAAAUCUGCCACAGAUGACUGCUUAUGUUAGCUCCCAUUUCGUUUGUUUUCUUUUGCGCGUUCACUAAACCAAUUUUAAUUACCUCUAUUUCAGUUUCUUUUCUUUCUAUUUAAAGUUCCAUGUAGUCAUUUUUGUGUUCACAUAAAAAUUGCUUUUUUAAUAAUACUAAACACGUCUCCUUGUCUGGGCUUUCCUCUUCAGGUUGGGCUGUCAUUAGAGGAUCUUCUACGUACGUUUGUCUGCUCAGAGAUCGUAGACUCUGUUGAAUGUAAUGGUUGCAAGGAGCGUAACUCAGUACAGUCAAGUGGCUCUGUGAGGACCAGCUUUAUCAAACGACUUACACUGGGAAAAGUAAGCAGUUAGUUAAGAUAGCCAGUGUACAGCCGCUCCCUCCCAUGUAAGCUCUGUGCUCGCAGGUAGUUUUAAAUGCGCAAAAACAACGUCAGCUUGUAUCACAACAUUGGCUGGACAAGGUGCAGGGAAAUGUUGCUUGUAUUAGCCUGCUUUAACGGCUAGAACACACGGUGUAAACACACGGUUUUAAGGAUAAGCGCACCUUGACACUCCUGACCUGGCAACACAUUAUAACAUUACGCACUUCAUCACUUCCUUGUGAUGGGGAACUUGAUUUGUCGUCAUCGGCUAGUCUUGAAUGUAAAAUUUGAUUGUCUGAAGAUUGAAAGUUGUGUUGUAUUAAUAACACGCAUUGUAGCAGAUUUCAAUCAUAUUUGGUCCCAAAUUUUUGUUUGUCAUACGCUAUCUGAAAAAGCUUUUUACAAAGAUCUCGAUAACGAAGUGUUUAUCUAUGGAAAAAGACCCAUAUAGGAGUAUAUACUCUUUAAUCCUCUUUAAAUGAAAUUUAUUGUGCAUAAUGAUAUAGAAGUACCGUUAGCUGAUUAUACUGCUGCAAUACUGCGCGCAAUAUUUGGUAUGGUAAUGUUUAUCCGAUGCUUAAGGUGUUGGUGGUCUCAAGUAUACACUAUAAGGUCAUUUAAAAUACACUAGGGGUCAUGUGUCAGAGUACAAGGUUACAAGGUAAAGUCUCUUGAUGUGCGGAAGACAACAUUUUAGCGACAAGCUGUACCCAAAAAUGCCAAGAAAUUGAUCGGGCGAAACUUGAUUUGUCAGUGAUUCAUAAUGGUAGCGGUAGAAAAGUACCGUAUUUAUUUGAAUAGGCGCCCAACCUCAAAAUUAGCACCCACCUCGAAUAACUGCCCAUCCUAAAGGCAGAAAAAGUUAACCUCGAAUAAGCGCCCACCCCUAAAGUAGAGUACUUUAUUAUUCAUUCAAAAUAUUUUCCCAAUUCUGAUUGGCUAACAGCACACGCAUAAUUCACCAUAACCAGUUACUGAUGACCACAUUUGGAAGAAUUUUGUGUUUAACAAGGAAAUGACGUCAAAAAUGCAGCCCGCUACAGGUUACGGCACUGUUACCGAGAAGACCUGGGGUCGACUUUGAGUUGUUUUGGUAGUGAAAAAAAGGCGGAAAUUUCACUUGUUUCGAGAGUAAGAACUACAGCUGGAACUAGGCGAAAUAAUAGCUAGGAACAUGGCAAAAACAGCAAGAAGACAACUCGGAGGUGACAUCUGCUAUUUAGAGAAUAUUUGCGGAGCUGGACAAACCUAAACGUACACUAUGGAAGAUGAACUUAACAUCGAUGCAGGUAAGCAUGUUUUAGCUAUGUUUUUAAACUAGGAAUUAUUUUGAAUGUCGGCCUCAGUGGAUAACACCCUCCUCGAUCUGCUUAAUUCUUCAUAUCCUACUCAGCCUCAUUCAUUAAUUGGUAAAUUAGAGGACUUUCCCCAAAGAUGGAGUUUUGUAUAUCUUAGUAUUUUACAGAAACCUUGCUUUGUUACAUCUUCGCAUUUUGUUAUUACCAUUUAUUGUUUUGUUGCACUGAUAAACAUAAUACUCUUGCUGAAAAAGGUAAAAAUUUAAUAAGCACCCAGCCUCGAAUAAGUGCCCACUCUCAAGGUCCAAAAAAUUUAGUAAGCGCCCAGGGCGGUUAAUCGAAUAAAUUAAUUCGGUAUUUGCUUAUUGAAUUUCCUACAAAAUCGUGAAAGUGUACUCGACAAAUCCCAGAAACACAACGUCAAUCUUGAAUGCGUAGUACUAGCUAAAUACCUCGACACUUCACGUCUCGUUAUAUAUCCGCCAGUAUUCUGUUUCACCUCCCAUUCGUGGGAUAGUUGUAUAUUGUUCGUGCACUGGAAAAAAAAUGCAAAAAACAACAUGUCAUUGCAACAUUUUCGUUUAUGUGUGGACACUGCGUCGUGCCCUCGCACCCUGACCUCUCGUAAUGGAACAGUUACAUGUGACUGUACUUGAAUUAUACCUUUGCUUGUUGAUACAGCUCUUUACCGGUCUGAUUUGUUUUUUCCUCAGUUGCCGCAAUGCCUGUGCAUCCACAUUCAAAGAACUUACUGGCAUACUAAUGGAAUACCUUACAAAAACAACGCGUUCAUUAAAUUUCCUGAAUUCCUUGACAUGGAACCGUUUUUAUACGAGCCUUUAGAACAGCACUCUCGUCAGAAUGGAACUGAAAGGAAAUUUUUUCCAACAACAGCUGGAAAUGGAGAUUUAAAUGGGUAUCUUGAUGAACUGGUUGGCUCGUUUGUCGGUGCAGGCAACAAGAGGUGAGCGUGAAACGUUUUUGUGGUUACUACGGCUAUUACAGAAGCUUAACCCUUUAAACCUUAAGAUCAAAAGUUGAAUUCUCAUAAUCGUUGCCCUCAUUCAUUUCAUACAGAAGAAGUGGGGAGAAGUUGAUAAAAUAUCAAGCAAAUUCAUCUUGUGUGAUCAUGUCCUUAAUUCUCAUGACCACUCUGUUUUACAAAGCAUUGACAUUACAACGAGAAAUUUGACGCUGAUCACUCUUACGGCUUAAAGGGUUAAAGGGCCUAUGUCACCCUGCUUUCUAUCUUUUUCAAAAGCUAAAACCCUUGUUUGCAUCAAUUGAAUUCCAAAACAUAAUGGCCAAGUUUUGUUAUUUAAGAAGAAGCUGUCUCCUGUCGUCUGUCUCAAUGGAUGGCAAGGAUAAACAUGGAUUUCAUGCUAUACCUGCAAGAAUUACUCCCUGGUGAAAUUGCUUGUUACCUUCUUGUCUCUAAGGGCAUUUUGUGUAUGGGUAAAUGCCCUUAGUAAUUAUUUUAGCACAGAAUUGGGAUCAAUAGGACAAUUGCACGAUGACGUCAUUUUACUACAACUACCAGAAUCCUUUAGUUUGUUGUUUUCUUGUGCAAAUUAGAGCUAUUGUUCUGUAAUCCUCAGCGGCGUUGACAAAUUUAAAUAAGAAAGCAAAAACGAAAUGAAUUCUGGUAGUCGUGUCGUCAUCGUGAAAAUGGCCUAUUAGGUUUUUGGGAAACUGCCCACCUACCCCUCCCCUAAGCCAACAUUUUGCCCCAAAGGAGAAGUAAGCUUUAAUGUUGGCUUAGGGAAGGGGUAGGUGGGCAGUUUCCCAGAAACUUAAAUUUAUCUCAGAAUUGACCUACAACAGUAAUGUCCUCGUGGCAUUAGACUGCGAGCAGUUUCUCUUUUUCUUCAGAUUUAGUAAGGGGAGUGCACGCGCGCGCAAGCGUUGAGCGGCGAAGCCGCGAGACGCGAGAAACGAGGGCGGCAGGUGCCUCUCCCGUCUCGCGCCUUCAGUCACGCGCGUGGUCAUUUACGUGUCUCGGGCGUUUUGCUCGACGGACGAAGAAAAAAGAGAGACUGCUCGUAGUCUAUCGUGUUAUCAGCCCCUUUAACUAUUAGAGAUGUUCCACGCAUUUAGCUUUCUGCAUAUGAUAACGGUCACAAAAUAUCGGAAUGGUUCUCUUAACACAAUUCUGAUCCCAGUCUUGUUCCCAGGCCUCCCUUCCACCCGUCCCUCUUCAUGGGACGGAUGGAGGUCGUCGAGGUUAAAUCCAAAGCAAAAGAAUCUCACUGCACAGUGAAAGAAAGACACUUUAAAACAGUUUGAAAUGUAUUCAAUUUUGUAGUGAAACUGUAAACAGUAUAGUCGUGUUUCGUUUGUGGGUUUUGUCUGUCAGAGCCUAUACGGAGGUUAAGCAUUGCGCACUUGGUCUUGGUAGAAAUAAACCGGUGGCCAAAUCCGAAAGGUGUCGAUUGUUUUUGUUCCACAUUUCUUUUUCUUCGUCAUAUAUCUUAAAGAAGUGCGCGGGUUUUAAGAGAUACAGACAUACGCCUUUUUUGGUGAAAUGUGCUUGAAAUUCAUUUGAUGACUACCAUCAUCUACAUUUUCUAGUGCAUAAGUAAUGUUUUAUAGCUACCGCGAACAGUUGCUAAUCGAAAAGGUAACUCAACGAUUAUCCGUUUGUAAUCGAUAAUUCGGCUGUAAUUUCCGUUGCCUGGAGCCGGGUGUACCCCUCCAGGGUCACACGGUAUUUUCUGGUAUGUUUUCCGAUUGUUUGAUGCCUUGUUUUAUUGGAUUGGUAGAGUGGUACUAAGGUGACGCGAAAUGGUUUAUAAAUAUGCGUGGAAUAGGGUUCUGUUUAAGAGUAGAGAACACUAUAAAGUAAAAAAAUAUAUUUUUAUCUUCUUUGUCUCUGGGACUUCGAUAUAAAACACGAACUUUCGUUCAGAGUUUAAACAGUGCAACCGAGAAAUAUGGUCUCACAUAGAAAUUUAUAUUUUAGCGAGGAGUUUUCAAGGGUAUUGCACUAGUAGCCGUUAGAAUGGCCAUAGCAAUUUCCAUUCUUGCUGUCUCUUUAACCAAUUGAUUUGGUUUUUCUGUCCUGACUUGAUGAGGAAAUUUAAUGUUGAUCCAUCAAUUCUACCCACUGCACAUUGUUUUUCCCCCUGAUGUUUUUUAUAUCUAUUUCAUCUUAUUUUACAGUACCAGCCGAGCAGUUUACAAGCUAAUGGCUGUUAUUGUUCACAUGGGAACGGUCGACGAUGGACAUUACAUUACUUAUCGAAGGUUUGAAACGGAGCAUGCGUCGAAAUGGCUUUACGCUUCGGAUGAAGUGGUAGAGGCUGCGUCACGUGAUCAAGUCUUGUUAAGCAGUGCUUAUAUGCUUUUCUAUGAGAGAACUAGAAAAUAACCUGAUCACUUUUAGUGAUAUGUUACUUGAGAAGGUAUUGCGUGGUUAUCAGAGACGUGCUAUGUCUAUUGCGGAUACCGAACUUUUAAGUCAUUUACUGGCCUGACUAGGCAAAUGGACGAAUCGCAAUCUGCUUAGUAAAAAAACUCUGCGUGGAGCGCGCAUUUACAACAGAGGUCGGAAUGAAUAGAAAAACUCAGAGCAGAAAAAAGUAUUUUAUUCCGUCUAGGUGGAAUUUGUAAAGGAGUGUAGAAUAGUAAUAACCCUGGAUCGUCUUGAGAAAGGGAAAGAGAACAAAUCAUCAGUGAUAGAUAGGGCGACGAACAUCAAACAACUACUUACC